CCCCCCAUCCGGCCGCCCGCAGCCCCAUGUGGACCCCCGGGCCGGGGCCGAGAGCCUGGCGCAGCGCGGCCCGCAGUCCCGCGGCGGCCUCAGCGCGCUAGACAGGAUGUGGCUGGGCCGCCGUGCCCUCUGUGCGCUGCUGCUGCUGCUCGCCUGCACCUCGCUGGGGCUCCUGUACGCGAGCAUCCGGGGCGCGCCGGGCCUCCGGGCACCUCUCGCGCUGUGGCCCCUGCAGGGCAACCCCAGGCCCGAAGUGCCAGGCCUUGCCCCCGAGCCCCGGUAUGCACACAUCCCGGUCAGGAUCAAGGAGCAAGUGGUGGGGCUGCUGUCUGCGAACAACUGCAGUUGUGAAUCCAGCGGGGGGAGCCUUCCCCUCCCCUUCCAGAGGCAGGUCCAAGCCAUCGACUUUACCAAGGCCUUUGACCCUGAGGAGCUGAGGGCCGCAUCUGCCUCAAGGGAGCAGGAGUUCCAGGCCUUCCUUUCAAGGAGCCAGUCUGCUGCUGACCAGCUGCUCAUCGCCCCCGCCAACUCCCCACUACAGUACCCCCUGCAGGGUGUGGAGGUCCAGCCCCUCAGGAGCAUCUUGGUGCCAGGACUGAGCCUGCAGGCCACUUCUGGUCAGGAGGUAUACCAGGUGAACCUGACUGCCUCCUUGGGCACCUGGGACGUGGCAGGGGAAGUGAUUGGAGUGACUCUCACUGGAGAGGGGCAGCCAAGUCUCACCCUCGCCAGCCCAGGUCUGGACCAACUCAAUCGGCAGCUGCAGCUGAUCACUUAUAGCAGCCGAAGCUACCAGGCAAACACAGCAGACACAGUCCGGUUCUCCACCGAGGGACACGAAGCUGCCUUCACCAUCCGCAUAAGACACCCACCCAACCCUCAGCUGUACCCACCUGGGUCUCUACCCCAGGGAGGUGAGACUGCCCAGUACAACAUCAGCGCUCUGGUCACCAUUGCCACCAAGACCUUCCUUCGCUACAACCGCCUCCGGACACUCAUCGCCAGCAUCCGCCGCUUCUACCCCACGGUCACAGUGAUAAUCGCCGACGACAGCGACAAGCCAGAGAGCAUUAGCGGUCCCCACGUGGAGCACUAUCUCAUGCCUUUUGGCAAGGGCUGGUUCGCAGGACGCAACCUGGCCGUAUCCCAAGUCACCACCAAGUAUGUGCUGUGGGUGGACGACGACUUCGUCUUCACGGCGCGGACGCGACUGGAGAGGCUUGUGGACGUGCUGGAGCGGACGCCGCUGGACCUGGUGGGGGGCGCGGUGCGCGAGGUCUCGGGCUUCGCCACCACCUACCGGCAGCUGCUGAGCGUGGAGCCCGGCGCGCCGGGCCGCGGGAACUGCCUCCGGCAGAAGCGCGGCUUCCACCACGAGCUCGUCGGCUUCCCGGCGUGCGUGGUCACCGACGGCGUGGUCAACUUCUUCCUGGCGCGCACGGACAAGGUGCGCGAGGUGGGCUUUGACCCGCGCCUCAGCCGCGUGGCGCACCUGGAAUUCUUCCUGGAUGGACUUGGUUCUCUCCGGGUGGGCUCCUGCUCAGACGUCGUUGUGGACCAUGCAUCCAAGUUGAAGUUGCCUUGGACAUCAAGGGAUGCUCGGGCAGAGACCUAUGCUCGGUACCGUUACCCAGGAUCACUGGACGAAAGUCAGGUGGCCAAACACCGCCUGCUCUUCUUCAAACACCGGCUGCAGUGUAUGACCUCAGAGUGACGGCCACUCGGGGCCUUCCAACUGUCAGGCUGGGCCUGCCUCCUUGUCCCUGCCAGGAAUCUCUAGCAAACCCCACCCGCCAGUGAUCACUCCACGGACUGUCCCUCAUCUCCUUCGGAACUUGAUCCCAAAUAGGGGCUUGUCCUGGUGACACUCCUCCUUUCUGCGAGUGCCCAGGGGCAUGACGGAGCCAUAACUCGUCCCACAGCCAGUGCCAAGUCCUCCCCCCACCCCCUUCCCAUAGGGCAGGAAGUGGGGGGUUGCUUUCCAAGUGCCAAAGAGCCCAUGGGGACGCUGAUAACCUAAAG